UAUACAGCUCUCUGGUUGUAGGCUACCACAUUUAUAGAAAUGAGGCUUAAACCAAACAGGGGUAUUUUAUUUUUGUAUCUCGUGCUCCCUUACAUUGGUCAAGUAUGUAGUAUAAGCCUUGGAAUAGUGCAAAAAGAUGAGCUGCAUCGUGAGGAAAGGUCCAAGGAUAUUCACACUGGGACAAUCACUUUCGGCACCGGGGAUACUACAGACGAUGGCCCGGUUAACAUUCAAGCUGACGAUCCACAUCCAGGCCUGUUGGGUGGACAAAGCAAGAUUGAUGACUUUAGGGCCUGGAGUCGUAUGCGACCGAAGUUAGCAUGCACUAAUGACCUCAUGAAGUUCUCGGCACAAGGCCCUGGGUGCUCUUCACUCCAGUUAUACAAAGGUGGCACGCCUCUCUCACUAACCCAGCUACCACGAGACUGUGGCUACUCUGUGACAAGGACUGCUGUGGGCCUUAAGUUUCUUGCCCCUUUUGAUGGCUGUGAUGUUAUAGAACAGGGCAAUAACCACUUGCUGCAGCUGUUGUGGCAUGGCAAUCCAGUAACCCUCUCCUGCCCUGUAUCAAGCUCAGGCCUUGUCUCUCCAGUAUUAUCUACUACUCCAGCUACCGAAGCACCGCUUCCUCCACAGAAUCCGUGGAUGCAUCCCAUUUUUGUAGGCUACCACCCUGUAAUGCCAGUGGCUCCCCCUCCAUCUACUGAAGCACCUACUACAGCUGCCAAGCUUCCUCCACAGAAUCCGUGGAUGCAGCCCAUUUUUGGAGGCUACCACCCUGUAAUGCCAGUGGCUCCCCCUCCAGCUACUGAAGCACCUACUACAGCUGCCAAGCUUCCUCCACAGAAUCCGUGGAUGCAGCCCAUUUUUGGAGGCUACCACCCUGUAAUGCCAGUGGCUCCCCCCCCAGCUACUGAAGCACCUACUACAGCUGCCAAGCUUCCUCCACAGAAUCCGUGGAUGCAGCCCAUUUUUGGAGGCUACCACCCUGUAAUGCCUGAGACUCCAGCUACUGAAGCACCUACUACAGCUGCCGGGCUUCCUCCACAUAAUCAGUGGAUGCAGCCCAUUUUUGGAGGCUACCACCCUGUAAUGCCUGGGACUCCAGCUACUGUUGCACCAACUACAGCUGCCGAGCUUCCUCCACAGAAUCCGUGGAUGCAGCCCAUUUUUGGAGGCUACCACCCUGUAAUGCCUGGUACUCCAGCUACUGUUGCACCAACUGCAGCUGCCGAGCUUCCUCCACAGAAUCAGUGGAUGCUUCCCAUUUUUGGAGGCUACCACCCUGUAAUGCCUGAGACUCCAGCUACUGUUGCACCAACUGCAGCUGCCGAGCUUCCUCCACAGAAUCAGUGGAUGCUUCCCAUUUUUGGAGGCUACCACCCUGUAAUGCCUGAGACUCCAGCUACUGUUGCACCAACUACAGCUGCCGAGCUUCCUCCACAGAAUCAGUGGAUGCAGCCCAUUUUUGGAGGCUACCACCCUGUAAUGCCUGGGACUCCAGCUACUGUUGCACCAACUACAGAAGCCGCUGAACUUCCUCCACAGAAUCAGUGGAUGCUUCCCAUUUUUGGAGGCUACCACCCUGUAAUGCCUGGAUCUCCAGCUACUGUUGCACCAACUACAGAAGCCGCUGAACUUCCUCCACAGAAUCAGUGGAUGCAGCCCAUUUUUGGAGGCUACCACCCUGUAAUGCCUGGAUCUCCAGCUACUGUUGCACCAACAACAGAAGCCGCUGAACUUCCUCCACAGAAUCAGUGGAUUUUUGGAGGAUACCACUCUGUAAUGCCUGUGGCUCCCCCUCCAGCUACUGAAGCACCUACUACAGCUGCCAAGCUUCCUCCACAGAAUCGGUGGAUGCAGCCCAUUUUUAUACCUGGGGUUCUCCCUCCAGCUACCGAAGCACCUACUACAGCUGCCAAGCUUCCUCCACAGAAACAGUGGGUGCCUGUCUUUGGAGGCAAUAAUGUUUUUCCUUAUGGUCAGUGAAGAGACUGUCCUGUCUUUUAUUCAAAUAGGUGUCAUUAAUGCAUAUAUUAAAAUGUGUACUUGGAAUUUAA